AUGCUGAGGGCAAGGCUCCAGCAGUCCUGCCUCCACCCCCAGCCUGGCUGCCCUGUGCCCAGCGAGGCUGUGCAGACCCCCCGUGUCUGUGGGAUGGCCGAGGGGGACACUGAGGGGAACAGUGGCUGUUGGCAGGAGAGGGGGAGCAGAGGGGGGCAGAGGUGCCAUCAGCUCCAGGGUGUUUCUACUUCAGAGCCAGGUGAGCAGGAGAGACGGACUGGACUGCCGGGAGGGAAGUCAAGUGGGAGCUGCCAGAGGGAGCCCAGGGAGCUCAAUGGGGAUGCACCACAUCCCACACUGGAUGGCAGCAGCCUGGCUUUGGCAGGAGGGCCUGCAGCCCCCUGCAAGUGCCCUGGCUCUGCCCCAGAGCUGCCCCCCACAGCAGACAGCCCCACAGCCGAGCCCAGCCAGGAGUGGAAAGUGGUGAAGAUCCAACGGGUCCUCAUCAACCCUGACACAGAGCCAAGGAAAGCAGGUCUCUCCCGCAGCGCCAGCCUCUCGGAGAAGGAGCUGAAGGAGGCGAAGGCGCGGAGCCAGAGGAUCGCGGCGCAGCUCACCACGGCGCCCAGCCCCAGCUCCAAGGGCGUCCUGCUCUUCCACCGCCGCAGGCAGCGCGUCGACGGGCUCACGGGGGCUGGGAAUGGCGAGGGGCUGCUGCUGAGCCCCGCGCCCCAGCCCCGCCAAGCGACCAUGGAGGAGGGCGAGGCGCAAGGGAUGAAGGCGGAGCCUGACCAGCCCGGCAACGCGGGAGAGAGGAUGCGGGCAAAUGCACCCCCGUGCCAGGAGCCGCCUGCUGAAGCCCAGCAGGUCCCACUCAGCGUCUACCUGAAGGAAAACAUGGCAUCGGCCGCCACCAAUGGCGUGCAGGAGCAGGCGGCCAGUGGGAUGGAGGGGCUCGGGAAUGCGGGAGCCCCUGCAGGGCUAAGCAUGGCGCCUCUUGCCCUGCCACAGCAACCCGAGGAGGGGAAAAACAUCGAGGUGCCCAGUGAGGUGCCCGGUGAGGUGCCCAGUGAGGUGCCCAGUGCGCCAGCGGGCACAGCCACAGGGAUGGCAUCCCCAGGUGGCCAGCAGCAGAACGGGGUGCAGGGCCGGCAGUACUACGAGGUCCAUCUCACCCUGGCCAAGCCCAAGCCUGUGAAGAACCGGACAGCCAGACCCUUCGGCACCCAGGCAUCCCCCACCAGCAGCCAGCCCGUGGAGGAACCCCCUGCCCCAGAGCUGCCCCCGCCACCCACCUACGUGGAGACCCUCAGCAGCCCCCCACCCCUUACCCGUGUCCGCUCCCCCCCUGCCUACUCGGCCCUGUACCCCUCUCAGGAGCAGAAGAUGCUGCCAGGUCCCCUCCUGGGCUGCGGGGAGAGUGGACCAAACCCCUUGCCCAAAACAGGGAUCCUGGAGGAGUCGGCUGCCCGGAGAGCCAGCAGAAAGUCCAUGUUCACCUUUGUGGAGAAGCCAAAGCUGGGCCCCAACCCUGACCUGCUGGACCUGGUUCAGAGUGCAGACAACAGGAAGAAGCAGAAAGAUCAGGGAGAGCCCGGUGCUGAAGAUGAACCCUUUGCCCUUGGGGCUGAAGCUGCCAACUUUGUCCCCAACAACGCAGCCAGGGGUGGGCACCACCUCCCGCCGGCUGAGGAUGCUCCGGCAUGGUCCUCCUGCCUCAAGUCUCCCACCAUCCAGCCCAAGCAGAAGCCGCAGCCCAGCCACAUCCUCAGUGAGGCGAGAGGGAAGGGGGCUGAGCUCUUUGCCCGCCGGCAGUCCAGGAUGGAGAAGUUCAUCAUCGAGGCUCCCUCCCAGCCUGAGCUGCUGCGGUGCCCAUCGCCCACCAUGUCUCUGCCUCCCUCCUGGAAAUACGACAACAAUGCUUACCUGUCACCCAUGGUCUCCAGACGCCCCUCCAAGAGUCCCUCCAGGCCCUCCAAAACCCCCCCUGCGUCUCUCUAUGGCGGCAACCCGAUGGAGAAUGAGGUCUCCCAGAAGGAGCUGGAGAUCUCCAAGCACCAGCCCUACCAGCUCCAGUCCUCUCUCUUCAUCCUCUCCCCAUCUAAGGGGCCGUCAAGGUCAAUGCCCCAGGAGAUGCCUCCACCCAGACCCUCUCUUCCAGACGCCUAUCCCUACCCCCAGCAGGCCUCCUGCCCCACCUCUCCGUUGCCUCCUUCCCCUGUUUGGCAUCCCCCCGUGGUGCCCAGCGCCAGCCAGACCACCUCCAGCCCCUUCCCUGGCACUGCCGGGGCUGUGCCCCUGACUCAGGAGAGCCGUGCCAGCCCCGCAGCCCCGGCUGAGGUGCUCCUGGCCUCCCCGUGCCGCCUGCUGCCGCCCCGGGGGAAGGUGGGCUUCCAGGCACCCCGGCCCUCCUACUCCACCAGGAAUGCCGGCAUCGAGCCACAGGACAGGCGGUCAUCCCUCCCUGCAUCACCCACCUGGACGCCCCGGCUGGCGCGGCGCCCGGGCAGCCUGGACGGCUGGGCCAGCCCGGCCUCGGUGCCCGAACUGGAUGAGGGACCUCCCAUGUCACCUCCAUGGAGCGAGAGGUCCCUGUCCCCUCUGCGGCAGGACGCGGACCCCCGGGCCAGCCGGCAGAUGCAAGCGCGGCUCGCCAGGAACAUCAUCAACGCUGCCCGCAGGAAGAGCUCCUCUCCCAAAGCCGUGGGGCUGGAGGGCUCCCGGCCCUUCACCCCCAUCUCCACCGGUCCCCCCAGCCUGCCCCAGUCCCCCCGGCUGGGCCCCAGAGCGCCGGCACUGCAGGCUGCCAGCAGCGCGCUGGGGAGCCUGGGCAGCCCCUCGCCCACCCACAAAAGCCCCUUGCGAUCGCCCCGGGCAGGCAGCCCCCAGUUCUGUGCCUCCCCCGGCAUGCCCCGAGCCGCCUGGGCAGAGGGUCGCCGGCUCCUGCUGCCACCCAGCACGUCCUCGUGCCCCGUGCCCAGGCUGUCCCCCGUCCCCAAGAGCCCCCUGCCAUCCCCCGUGGUGGGCGGGCGGUCCCCAGCCAAGCGCUGCACCUCCCGGUCCCCGACGGACUCGGACGUCUCCCUCGACUCCGAAGACUCGGGGACCAAGAGCCCGGGAAUCCACAGCUUCAACCUCUGUCCCCGGGGCUGGACCGGCAGCCUGCGGCUGAAGACGGGGGGUCUGCCCUCGGGGGCCCCCUGCACCUCCUAAACGAGCCAGUCCCAGCCAAACCACCCUCUUCCUGGACCUGCCAGCCUGGGUGAUGCCACCCGCUGACCCCCCACACCGGGAACACCCCAACCCUCGGGGCUGAGGUCCCCAAACACCAGUGUCCCUGUGGAGCUGCGCAGCCCCUCGGUGUGCCAGCAGGGUCAGGUGCCUCCUGUCCGCCCGCCAUCCCGUGGCCCUGCUCUAUUUUUACCACCCUAACCUUUCCGGGCAGGACUGCGUG